AUGGCCAAAUCAAACGUCAAUAAUAUACCAAUUCCUGAUAAUUCUGGCGCCACCUCCUCCUGUAAUAGUCAAUUGUUCAAUGACACUGAAUCAGGAUUUAAUAUUUUUAUUUAUUAUGACAUUGGUGCCAAUUAUACUGAUGGAACUGUUCCGGAUCAGCCCACUGGUGUUAACUUCCAAAUUUCUGCAAAUAAUUCAUUCCCAGAUGAUUCACUUCCGACAUUGUUAUCAUACCCAAUCUUGAUGUUCAUUGAUCAAGAUUUAGUUACUAGUGUUGUUAAUCAACCUGGAUCAAAGUUCGCUGAUGUUUUUGCUUCUGAUAGCACUAAUGAAUACGUGCUUUCACCAUACCAGAGGCAAGUUUUAUUUUUUGAUCGAGUUCUAUAUUCACAGCUUGAUCCAGCUUCAAAGAGAGGCGUUUUAUCUGUUGCAAAAAAAUCAAAAAAGCUUGCGUUUACCUUUUUUGGGCUUUCAUCAAGACUCCAAAAUCUUAGCCCGCUAAACCCGCAAACUAUUAAUCCAUCUCUAUUUACGGCUACUUUGGAAGUGUAUAAUCAAUCAUCAACCUUAACUUCUUAUAAGGAAACAGAGUAA